AUGUUGUACAUCAACACGUAUUUUUGUUCUGAGCCACACAGCCUAACCACUGACCAUUAUCUUCAGGUGAUCGACUCUUCAGAUGUCGUCAUCCAGGUGCUGGAUGCCCGGGACCCCAUGGGCACGCAAUCUCAGAACAUUGAGACCUACCUGAAGAAAGAGAAGCCCUGGAAACAUCUUAUUUUUGUACUAAACAAAAAUGCAGUGCUGUCUCAGGAAUACCCCACAUUGGCCUUUCAUGCCAGCCUUACCAACUCCUUUGGGAAAGGCUCUCUUCAGCUCCUCUGUCAGUUCGGAAAGGUCCCAGUGGAAAAGAUCCGUAACCCAGAGGAUCAUAUCAGCACUGUUCUGGAGCGAGCAAAAGCCGAAUACAUACAGAAAACCUAUCACAUCCCAUCCUGGAGCUCUGCUGAGGAUUUCUUGGAAAAACUGGCCUUUUGCACGGGAAAACUGCUCGAGGGAGGAGAACCUGAUACGUCCACCAUCUCCAAAAUGGUACUAAAUGACUGGCAGAGGGGAUGCAUCCCUUUUUUCGUCAAACUGCCUGGACCAGAGACUGAUGAGGAGGCUAAAGCGCAGCUGCCAGUGGAGGCGAGUGCAGCGGAUGCCGUUUAUGAAGACCAGCCAACGCAGCAGCACGCUGAGAUAACUGAAUCCACUGAGCUUGAUGCACUACUACAACAGAGACCGAAACAAGAGCAUAAACAAAGGAUCAUUGCUGGUGUCAAGCAAAACUUUGGCAAAAUUAAUGUAGCUCCAGAGUUCAGCGAGGAAGAUCUUGUACCGGUGGAGAUGCUUGAUCUGCCAGACUCCUGUGGAUCAGAGGAGGAUGAAGAAGAGGCAUGUGAGGAGGAGGGGGAGGAUAUGGAGGAAAAUGGAAAUGCAGAGGAAGAAAAAGAAAUGUGUGUUGCUGGACAUUCUGACAGAGCAGGGGUCAAGAGUACACGUGAGGUGAACAAAGAGUUGGAUGAGAAGAUAACCAAAUUGAAGCGUUUCCUAGACGGUGCCAAGUCCAAACGUUUCUCCACCAUUCGCUGCAGUCCAUGUCCGCAGGAAGAGAGAGGCUCUCGACAGUGAGGAGCCAGUGAAGCCCAAUAAGCUCACGUCUAAAGAGAAAAGGAUCGACCGUGCAUAGAAGAUGAAGAAGGUUGGCGUCCGCUAUUAUGACCUGCACAAUGUUAAGAACAGAAAAGUGUCCACUGAAGGCCACAAAGGCAAAAGAGCUAAGCGAUGAAACAAUUUGCUUGGUCACAGCACUAGUUCAAUGGACUUGUCUGGUUUGGGACAGGGGAUGUGAGACAUGGAGAUGUGUAUAUGAGGAGCAUUUACAGUGAGGAUCUGGAGGUGAAUCACAACUUCUCAAAUGCACUUUUCACUGCACCAUCCAUCCACAGAACAAUGAUGUGGUCCACUAUACCAUUUUCUCUCUCAACCCCAGAACUGACCAUAUUUUAAUUUAAUAAUGUCCUUGCGCCACAGUUCUGAAAAUCUUCAUCACAGGAGAACUCCUCAAUAAAAUGGACAUGACAAAA